AUGUCAGAGACUUCCUCCCAUGACUCCUUCUAUGACUCCUUAUCAGACGUGCAGGAAGAGAGCAACAAUGCUGACUUCUUCCCCGGGCUCUCCGCUUUUCUAAGCCAGGAAGAAAUCAACAAGAGUCUCGACCUAGCCCGGAGAGCUAUAGACAACUCAGAAACGGAAGAUUUUGACUCAGAAAGGGAGAUCUCCCAGAUUCUCAACACGUCUCCUGUAAGCCUCGCUGAAGCUCCUGCCCACCAGGAGACCCAACUGGGAGGGCAGGCUUCCUCAGAAAGACCUCAGGCCGCCAGGCCGACCCCCGCCCCGUCUCUGGUAGAAGAGCCAGCUGGGAAGACCUCUUCACCAGCUUCCAGGAGGAAGCCCACCGCGUCACCCCUGCUGGCCAGGCCCAGCUACAUCCGUAGUCUCCGGAAGGCUGAGAAACAAGGUGCAAAACUUCCCAACCCAAAGGCAGAACCCAAGCCAGCGCAGCCAUGCAAGGCUGGACCCCAGGGCGAGCUGUGUGACAAGGCGGCCAACUUCAUUGAAGAGCUGACUUCCAUCUUCAGAGAGGCAGCCAAGCCAAGGAACAGAAGCCCAAAUGGGGAGUCCUCCUCACCAGACAGUGGGUACCUGUCUCCGAAAAGUCAGCCGUCAGCCCGGAUGAGCGCGUCAGCCAGCCAGAGCCCCACUGGCGACCGGCGGGACGUGGAGGCCCCGCGCGGCUAUGGGACCCUCCACGCCCCGGGGGCGGCCUUGCCCCGCCCCGGCGUCCCUCGCCCGCAGUCCCAGAAAGCGCACCACUUCCCAUCGGCUCCUCGCUUCAUCCAGAAGCUGAGGAGCCAGGAAGUUGCCGAAGGAAGUCGAGUUUAUUUGGAGUGUCGAGUCACGGGAAACCCAGCUCCGCGAGUCAGAUGGUUCUGUGAGGGGAAGGAGCUGUGUAACACACCUGACAUUCAGAUCCACUGCGAGGGUGGAGACCUCCAUACCCUGAUCAUCGCUGAAGCCUUUGAGGACGACACAGGUCGCUAUACCUGUCUGGCUACAAACCCCAGUGGCUCAGACGCAACCUCAGCAGAGGUGUUCAUUGAAGGAGCCAGUUCAACGGACUCUGACAGUGAAAGUUUAGCGUUCAUAUCACAAGCUGGAGCGAUGCCUCAAGCUCAGAAGAAAACAACUUCUGUUUCCCUGACAAUAGGAGCAUCAUCACCAAAGACAGGAGUGACCACAGCUGUGAUUCAGCCCUUAUCCAUUCCUGUCCAACCGGUUCACAGUCCUACUUCAUAUCUCUGCCGACCUGAUGGAGCUACCACUGCAGCCUGCCUUCCUCCUGUUUUCACAAAGGAACUACACGACACAGCAGCCUCAGAGGGCCAGGUGGUGGUCCUAGAGUGCCGCGUCCGAGGAGCACCCCCUCUGCAGGUGCAGUGGUUCAGGCAAGGGAGUGAAAUCCAAGACUCUCCAGACUUCAGAAUUCUCCAGAAAAAACCUAGAUCCACUGCUGAACCUGAGGAGAUUUGCACCCUCGUGAUUGCGGAGACUUUUCCAGAGGACGCGGGGAUCUUCACCUGCUCAGCCAGAAACCAUUUCGGGUCGGCUGCCAGCACUGCUCAGCUCAUCGUUACCUCAGCCAAUACUGAGACCUAUAGCUACAACUCCAUGGGAGAAUCCAACAAUGAUCAUUUCCAACACUUUCCACCACCGCCCCCAAUCUUGGAGUCUGGGUCUUUUGACUUGGCGCCAAAGAAACCAUCUGAGAGGCAGCAGGUGAACAGCCCUGACUUAGAGCUCGGUAUGACAGCCCUUCAGAAGCAAUUCAGUUCUGCUGAGAGGGAAACCAACGGUGUCCAUCCAGACCAUGGAGUCAAUGGGCUGAUUAAUGGCAAAGCUAAUGGCAAUCCAUCUCUCCCGACACCAGCUGCCCUGCUUUCACCCACCAAAGAGCCACCACCGCUGCUUGCCAAACCAAAACUGGACCCGCUGCAGCUCCAGCAGCUGCAGAAGCAGGUGCGGCUGGAGCAGGAGGCGGGCGCGCGCUCCCCCGCGGCCCCGGGCACCCCGCCGUCGCCGCCCUUCCCGCCGCCGCCCGCCUUCCCCGAGCUCGCGGCCUGCGUGUCGCCGGCGCCCGCCGAGCCCAUGAGCGCGCUGGCGUCCCGAGCCGCCGCCGCCGCCGCCGCCUCCUCCAUGCAGUCCUCCGGCUCGUUCAACUACGCGCGCCCCAAGCAGUUCAUCGCGGCGGCGCAGAGCCGGGGCCCCACGCCGGCCUCCAGCCCCAGCUCGUCCAGCCUGCCGUCGCCCAUGUCCCCGACGCCCCAGCGCCUCGGCCGCGCGUCCGGACCGCCCUUCGGACCCGAGCCCGACGCGCCCUGGGGCCCGUCCUCGCCCUCGCCGCCGCCGCCGCCGCCGCCGCCGGCCCUCAGCCCCAGCUCGGCCUUCCCGGUGCCCGACGUGUUCCCGCUGCCGCCGCCGCCGCCUCCGCUGCCCGCCGCGCCCGCGCCCUCGCCCUCGCCCGCGGCCCGCCUCGCGCCCGGCCAGACGCCCGCCGCCUUCCUGAGCGCGCUGCUGCCCUCGCAGCCGCCGCCCGCCGCCGUCAACGCCCUGGGGCUGCCCCGGGGCGUCACCCCCGCGGGAUUUCCAAAGAAAACCAGUAGAACUGCUAGGAUAGCGUCUGAUGAGGAGAUCCAAGGCACAAAGGAUGCUGUCAUUCAAGACCUGGAACGGAAACUUCGCUUCAAGGAGGACCUCCUGAACAAUGGCCAGCCGAGGCUAACAUAUGAGGAGAGGAUGGCUCGCCGACUACUAGGUGCUGACGGUGCAAAUGUCUUCCAUACCCAGGAGCCAGAAGAAGAAAUGGCAAAUCAGGAAUACAAGGUCUCCAGCUGUGAACAGAGGCUCAUAAGUGAGAUCGAGUACAGGCUAGAAAGGUCUCCUGUGGAGGAGUCAGGGGAUGAAAUUCAGUAUGGGGAUGUUCCUGUGGAAAAUGGAGUAGCACCGUUCUUUGAGAUGAAGCUGAAACAUUACAAGAUCUUUGAGGGAAUGCCUGUAACUUUCACGUGUCGAGUGGCUGGGAACCCAAAGCCAAAGAUCUACUGGUUUAAAGAUGGAAAGCAGAUUUCUCCCAAGAGUGAUCACUACACCAUUCAGAGAGACCUUGAUGGGACCUGUUCUCUCCGUACUGCAGCCUCCACCCUGGAUGAUGAUGGGAACUAUACCAUCCUGGCUGCCAACCCUCAGGGCCGCGUCAGUUGCACUGGACGGCUAAUGGUACAGGCUGUCAACCAAAGAGGUCGCAGUCCUCGCUCUCCCUCGGGCCAUCCUCAUGCCAGAAGGCCUCGGUCUAGAUCAAGGGACAGUGGAGAUGAAAACGAACCCAUUCAGGAGCGAUUCUUCAGACCUCACUUCUUGCAGGCGCCUGGAGACCUGACGGUUCAGGAAGGAAAGCUCUGCCGAAUGGACUGCAAAGUCAGUGGAUUACCAACCCCAGAUCUAAGCUGGCAACUCGAUGGGAAGCCAAUUCGCCCUGAUAGCGCUCACAAGAUGCUCGUCCGUGAGAAUGGGGUGCACUCUCUGAUCAUAGAACCCGUCACGUCCCGAGAUGCUGGCAUCUACACCUGUAUAGCCACCAACAGAGCAGGACAGAACUCAUUUAGUCUGGAGCUUGUGGUCGCUGCUAAAGAAGCCCACAAACCUCCUGUGUUUCUUGAGAAGCUGCAAAACACAGGAGUUGCUGAUGGGUACCCGGUACGGCUGGAGUGCCGCAUUUCAGGAGUCCCACCACCUCAGAUAUUCUGGAAGAAAGAAAAUGAGUCACUCACUCACAGCACUGACCGAGUAAGCAUGCACCAGGAUAAUCAUGGCUACAUCUGCCUGCUCAUUCAGGGAGCCACAAAAGAAGACGCUGGGUGGUACACUGUGUCAGCCAAGAAUGACGCAGGCAUUGUGUCCUGCACCGCCAGGCUGGACGUCUACACCCAGUGGCAUCAUCAGCCACAGACCACCAAGCCAAAAAAAGUGCGGCCGUCAGCCAGUCGCUACGCAGCCCUUUCGGACCAGGGACUAGACAUCAAGGCCGCGUUCCAGCCGGAGGCCAAUCCAUCUCACCUGACACUGAGCAGCGGCUUGGUAGAAAGUGAGGACCUGUGACCAGCACCCUUGUUCAAGCUGAAAACUUGUGAGCCGUCGCUCUGACCAACAUACUCCUCUGUCACCUUAUGUAAAAGGCAGAAAUAUACUUUUGACUUAAGAGAAUUUUUUUAAAAAAACACCAAAAUAAUAUUUUUCUUACUUGAUAGUUUAAGUAGGUGAUGCUUAUAGACUUGUACACAUUGCACAGAAAAUUAACAUGUAUUGUCCAAUCUAAAACUUUUGGAAUUGCUGUGAUUAAAGUGGUCUAAAAUGCCAAAAUACUAAAGGCAACUAAAUAUUCAAAGGUAACCACAUUUUAUAUUAUCUCCAAGUGCCUUUAAACACAAGAUGUGGGUGCUACAUAGCAUGCUGGUGUGAAGUGUGUAAGAGGACACUUCCGUGGCUCUGAAGGUGCAGUGUCUUCAGACAGCUACAGAGAAACCGUGCAAUACGUGAGGAUGGCAAAGGAAGAGCAAAAGACAAAGAACUCAGUAAAUGCCUCGUCUGUGCAAAAUUCUUUCUAUCAAACCAUAAGGAAGGAACUACUUGCCUUAAAUUGUAUACAUAUCAAGGGCUUUGUAACAGAGUUAAUACCUUAGUUUUCACCUUUUUUUUGUGUAGUAUUUCCUUCAUAUGCUACCUUGGUAGGAAGCUUAUUUACAAUCCAUAUUAAAAGCUAACUUAAAUUUAAAUAAUUUAAAGGAUUCUGAAUAAAACAGAACUAUAUUACAGUCCAUUCCACAAGAGGCAUCCAGACCCCUAACCCCAAUGACCAAGGCCUACAGUGAUUGGAGGAAACAGGGUUUGGAAGGUGUGGGGGUGGGUGGAUAUUUGGCUGGAUAAAAGCAGCAUAGGGGCAGGAGAGCUGGUAGAGGCCAGACUUUCCUUUGCUUUUCUUCUAAACCUUAAAAUGUAGGUAAAAACAAAAACAAAAACAAAAAACACUGCCAUUCAUGAGUCAAGGAAUGUGAAGGUGGCUGGACAUUUGGAGCACAUGUGCCAGGGGACAUGAACGGAGCUGAGGCCUGUGUAGCUGAAGAUUUGAGACGUGUUGAGCAAGUUGAAUGUGGGUGAGACUGAGAGUGGCAUCGAUGAGAAGCUGCCCGUAGGAGCUAGACUACUUGAGAGAAAGGGAGACUUAGCGAGGAAGAAAAGAAGCUUAUGCUACAAGAUAUUUCUUCCCAUUGGCACUAAGAUGUGGUAGAUGAAAAUGUUUAGUUCAUUUCACUUCCCUGAUGGCAUAGAACCUUGCCUUAAGAAGGUGCUGGGCCCUGAGUAGUCUGUAAGGCCAAUCUUCAAAGACCGCUUUUUGAAUGCAAUGAUUCAACAUCAGCUAGACUGAGUUGAUUCUGACCAGACUUGAUGGUGUUAAGUCGGAACCAAUAAAACCUUUAAAUGAGGAAAAAAAAAAAUAAUAAUUUGGCUGAACAGUACAAACAUGAGGCUUUAAUGGUACUUUGCUAUGAAAAGAAAACACUGUGUUCUUUAUGAAAAACAUAUAUAUCUUUCAUUAUUUAUAAAAGUGUUGAACUUUCUUAGCUUAGUUACUCAAUUCAUACAUAGUAUUUCUUAAAAUAAUGUUGUAGUCACCCCAUAUAUUUCAUAUUACCGCUUCACAUGUACAGCUUUCUACAGCUCUGUAAGAACAUCAACCAGCCAAGUAUUAAAUGCCUAAAAGGCUUGAGCGCUGGGCGGUAGUUGUUCUCUACAGCGUGGUACAAGUCUCUGACCACACUCGCACUGCUGAUGUGGGAUAUAAGAUACCAUACAGAGUCUCAUGGACCUAUCUCUUCUAGAAUUAUGAUUUAGGUCAUAUAUUGUACUUGCCAAAUUUUUCUGAAUGUGACUUUUUUGCUAAUUUGCUGGGCUUGGGAUUAACUAGCAUUAUUUUGCCACCUUCUAUGUUGUAUUUAUAAAAAAAAAAAGUACUAUCAUACUACUUUGGAGUGUUGUGCUGUUGUAAUGUGGAGUCAACAUCAAUAAAUACUUAAUAGUAGUUGAAACUCUGA